AUGCCUCCUAAAGAAGAAAAGUCAGCGAAUGACAGCAAGAUGGUGACACCAGUGACAAUGCUUCAAACGACGAAUGUUCCAGAAUUUAACCCGAAUGUGGAGUCGUGGAAUGUUUGGAAGGAACGUUUGGAGAUACAUUUCUGUGAAGUGAAUUGCACAGAUGAUAAUGUAAGGAAGUCGAUUUUAUUAAAAUCAAUUGGUGCCGUUCCAUACAAAGUUCUACACAGUUUGUGCAGUCCAGCUACUCCCGUGUCAAAAUCAUUUAAAGAGUUGUGUGAAAUAUUGGACACACAAUACACUCCACCUACUAUUGUGUUUAGUGAGCGGAAAAUAUUUCAUAUUUCAACGAAGCAAGAAAGUGAAUCUGUGGCGGAAUGGUAUGCUCGUGUAAAGAUGUUGGCACUUAAUUGUAAAUUUGGGGUCAAUUUAGAUGCAUUUGUGUUAAACCAAUUCGUAAUGGGUUUGCCAAAUUUCAUCUUUGAAAGGCUGUGUGAAGAAGAUGAGAAUCUCACAAUUCAAAGUGCAUUAAGAAAGGCGAUGAUAUUAGAGACGAAAUGCAUAAUAAAGGGAGGAAAAGAAGAAACUGCAGUGAAUUUUGUCAAGAAGCAAAAACAUCAGAAGCAGAACAACAGUAGUAGUGACAACAGAGGUAAUGGUGGCAACAGCAACAGAGGCAAAUGGGGAAGCAGCAACAGAGGCAGUGGUGAUGGUGGCAGCAACAGAGAUGGUGGCAGAGAUAACAGAGGCGAUGGUGAGAGAAAAUUUCCUUGUUCUCACUGUGGUUGGCGAAAUCAUGCAUCUCAGUCAUGCAAAUACAAAGAUAGCAAGUGUCAUUCUUGUGGAAUAGUUGGUCAUUUGGCGUCUGUUUGUUGCAAUAAAAAGAGAAGUGUUAAUUAUGUAUCUAAUGAUAAUGAUGAUGAACACGAUAAUAAUGAUUUGUUUAAUUAUUCAAUUUUUAGUGUGGCUGAGCGAAAUUCGUUUGACGUGUAUUCUCUUCCAGUCGUUAUUGAUGGAGUUAAAUUAAAUGCUGUUUGUGACACAGGUGCACCAUGCACUUUGUUGCCUUUGUCGUUUUACGAGAAUAAUAUUAUGGAAAAGACUCUCCGACCAUGCAAUAUUCCAUAUGUUGACUACAUUGGUGAUAGAUUGAAGCUGGUUGGCGAAUAUGAUGCGUCGAUUACUUUUAAAGGUAAUACAAAAACUGUUGUUGUUGUUGUUGUGGAUUCUGCAAACCCUCCAUUGCUUGGUCGUACGUUUUUACGUUCUUUUAAUUUCGAAUUAUUGCAAAUAAACAAUAUUAAUUUCGAAAAUAAGUAUGCUGCGAUCGUCGAACAAUUGAAGAUUGAGUUCGUCGAGGUUUUUGAAGAUAAGUUGGGUGAAUUUAAAAAUUCGGAAAUUUGUUUAAAGGUUGUUGAAAAUGCAACACCAGUAUUUUGCAAACCCAGACCUUUGCAAUUAGCAUGGAAGGCUAAAGUUGAGAAACAGUUGCGAGAUUUAAUCAGUUCAGGUGUUCUCGAACCUGUUGACAACUCUGAUUGGGGUACACCUUUAGUACCAGUUUUGAAACCCAACGGUGAUUUGCGGAUAUGCGGUGAUUAUAAAAUCACAAUUAACAAGUUUUUAGAGGAUUUUAAAUAUCCUUUACCCAGGAUAGAUGAGAUUUUUGCAUCUUUAGAGGGUGGUGAAAUUUUCACAAAGCUUGAUUUGUCCAAUGCGUACAAUCAGCUAAUUCUUGACGAUGAGUCACAAUUAUUGUGUGCAUGGAGUACGCACAUAGGUACAUUAAAAGUAAAAAGAUUACCUUUUGGUGUUAAGACUGCGGCAGCGAUUUUUCAAAAGACAAUGGAAAGUUUGUUAAGAAACAUACCGUUUGUCGUGGUGUAUCAGGAUGACAUUACAGUCACUGGAAAGACUAUGCAGAGUCACAUUAAAACGUUGAGGCUAGUACUUCAAAAACUACAAAAUGCUGGAUUGAAACUAAAUAUCAAAAACAAUCUCAAACCUCCUACAACAAAAGAAAAAAUUAUUGAGUCUCAACACAACAACAUAAAUAAUCACAAAGGAAAUCGUCAUGAAACUUUUCAAAAAGGCCAAAAUGUAAUGGUACGUGAUUACCGUAACCCAAAUAAGCCUAGUUGGACACAGGCAGUUGCAGAACAACAACUUGGACCUCAAUCAUAUUCAUGUACUUUGGCUCACAACAAACAUAGUAUCAAACGUCAUUUGGAUCAAAUCAGAAACCAGCAAAUUCAACAACAUGUCGAAACCAACAUGCAAAUGUUAUCAGACAACAACACAGCUUUGACUGUAGCCAAUGAGAUACCAACGAUGGAAGAUUUGUCACGCACUCGAAGAGAACUCAGACCACGUGAAGGAGCAACAGCUUUAGGAUGA